CUCCCGGGGCUCCCUGCCCGCCACUCCUUCCCUGCCCACCUACUAUGAGGAGCGACUCCUCCCACCUGCGCAUAAAAGCCAAGUGCAUGUUACCCGGCGCGGAUCAGAGCCCUUCCCCGGUCCUCUCCGUGGGAGCCCGCGAGCCUCUCUGCCCGACCUUACGUGCCCAAGGACAGAUUGCUUGCAUCAUUUCUGAGAUAAGUGGUUAAUCAACCAUGACAAGAGCACAGAAGCUGUUCUGGAAGUACAGCAACAUUUGCUGAGGAGAGGGAGAAGAGCCCCAGGGCUGCCACAGGGGAACACAAGCAGGGACACUGGUCCUCCCUCUGGCAGGCCGGCCAAGUCUAAAUGUGAUGGCCGUGCCACCUGGCCCUCCGCAGCUGCUGCAAGUGCUGCUCACCAUUUCUCUGGGCUCCAUCAGGCUCAUUCAGGCUGGCGCCUACUAUGGGAUCAAGCCACUGCCACCUCAGAUUCCUCCUCAGAUGCCCCCACAAAUUCCACAAUACCAGCCCCUGGGUCAGCAAGUACCUCACAUGCCUUUGGCCAAAGAUGGCCUCACCAUGGGCAAGGAGAUGCCCCAUGCACAGUAUGGCAAAGAGUACCCACACCUCCCUCAGUACAUGAAGGAAGUUCAACCGGUGCCAAGAAUGGGCAAGGAAGCAGUCCCCAAGAAAGGCAAAGAAAUACCAUUAGCCAGUUUACGAGGGGAACAAGGUCCCCGUGGAGAACCUGGCCCAAGAGGACCACCUGGGCCUCCCGGUUUGCCAGGUCAAGGGAUACCUGGAAUCAAAGGAAAACCAGGGCCACAGGGAUAUCCAGGAGUUGGAAAGCCAGGUAUGCCCGGAAUGCCAGGGAAGCCUGGAGCCAUGGGAAUGCCUGGGGCCAAAGGCGAAAUUGGACCCAAAGGGGAAAUCGGGCCCAUGGGAAUCCCAGGCCCACAAGGACCUCCAGGGCCUCAUGGACUUCCUGGCAUUGGGAAGCCAGGUGGGCCAGGGUUGCCAGGGCAACCAGGAGCAAAGGGUGAUCGAGGACCCAAAGGCCCACCGGGACCUCCAGGCCUUCAAGGACCUAAAGGAGAGAAGGGCUUUGGGAUGCCAGGUCUGCCAGGCCUCAAGGGUCCUCCAGGGAUGCACGGCCCCCCUGGCCCCGUCGGACUCCCGGGAGUGGGCAAACCAGGAGUGACAGGUUUCCCUGGGCCCCAAGGACCCCUGGGGAAGCCAGGGCCACCAGGAGAGCCUGGCCCACAGGGCCCAAUUGGGGUACCAGGGGUUCAAGGACCUCCUGGAUUGCCUGGAGUCGGAAAGCCAGGCCAAGACGGGAUCCCUGGCCAGCCAGGAUUUCCUGGUGGCAAAGGGGAGCAAGGACUGCCAGGGCUUCCAGGACCCCCUGGCCUUCCAGGAGUCGGGAAACCAGGCUUCCCAGGACCCAAAGGUGACCGAGGGAUAGGGGGUGUUCCUGGGGCUCUUGGACCGAGGGGGGAGAAAGGACCAGUCGGGGCCCCAGGAAUGGGGGGUCCCCCAGGAGAGCCAGGCCUGCCUGGAAUUCCAGGUCCUAUGGGCCCCCCAGGUGCUAUUGGUUUCCCUGGGCCCAAAGGAGAAGGUGGAAUUGUGGGGCCACAGGGGCCACCAGGUCCCAAGGGUGAGCCAGGGCUUCAGGGUUUCCCAGGAAAGCCAGGUUUCCUUGGUGAAGUAGGGCCUCCUGGCAUAAGGGGUUUGCCAGGUCCCAUAGGGCCCAAGGGAGAAGCAGGGCAUAAAGGUUUGCCUGGGCUCCCUGGGGUUCCAGGGUUGCUUGGACCAAAAGGAGAGCCAGGCAUCCCAGGGGAUCAAGGUCUGCAAGGUCCCCCAGGGAUCCCAGGGAUUGCAGGCCCAAGUGGCCCCAUUGGACCACCUGGGAUCCCAGGCCCCAAAGGGGAGCCAGGCCUCCCAGGGCCCCCUGGGUUUCCUGGGGUCGGGAAGCCAGGAGUAGCAGGACUUCAUGGGCCACCUGGGAAGCCUGGUGCCCUUGGUCCUCAAGGCCAGCCUGGCCUCCCAGGCCCCCCAGGCCCUCCAGGGCCUCCAGGGCCCCCAGCUGUGAUGCCCCCGACACCAGCACCCCAGGGAGAGUAUCUGCCAGAUAUGGGGCUGGGGAUUGAUGGGGUAAAAACUCCUCACGCCUAUGCGGCCAAGAAAGGCAAGAACGGCGGGCCAGCCUAUGAGAUGCCUGCCUUUACCGCCGAGCUGACGGCACCCUUCCCCCCGGUGGGGGCCCCGAUAAAGUUCGACAGACUGCUCUACAAUGGCAGACAGAACUACAACCCGCAGACGGGCAUCUUCACCUGCGAGGUUCCCGGGGUCUACUACUUUGCGUACCACGUUCACUGCAAGGGGGGCAACGUGUGGGUUGCUCUGUUCAAGAACAACGAGCCCGUGAUGUACACGUACGACGAGUACAAAAAGGGCUUCCUGGACCAGGCGUCUGGGAGUGCGGUGCUGCUGCUGAGGCCCGGGGACCGCGUCUUCCUCCAGAUGCCGUCGGAACAGGCUGCGGGACUGUACGCUGGGCAGUACGUCCAUUCCUCCUUUUCAGGAUAUUUAUUGUAUCCCAUGUAGAAAGAAAAAAAAAGAGAGAGAGAGAUUUAAUAGAAGAAAAUGAUGCACCAAAAAAAAUCCAAAUGAAACAUGUUCAUUGCUUCAAAACAUUUAUAUAGUUGGAAAGUUAUAUUUAAGUGAAAAUUUGGACCGUCGUGUACAAAAACUAAGAUGCAUGUGUUUAAUCCUCUGCACAGCAGCUUGUAACUGAAAAUGAUGGGAUAGAUUUUUGUAUCAAGUACUGACACUCGUGUUGUACCCACUGGAAUCAUAUUAGCUGUUGUAUGUUAUGUGCUUCCACGAUAACCUGCUUAUUCAGAUCAGUCAGAAUCUCAGUAUGAAAGAUCAUAGCUAAUGAGAGUCACUCACAUUGUUUAAAGUAUUUAUAAAUAUGCCUUAAAGAAAUGUCAAUGUUAACAACCAUCUGCCGUAUUUACUUGUAUUUGUGCAGACACUUUGCUGGGGGAAGGUUGAGAGAGAUUCUGCUCUGUUACUGCCCCAGUGGGAGGGGGCCGUGGGACCGUGGGAGUAUUUUAGUCCAAGGGAUGUGUCUUUUUGUGUCCGAGGCUGUGUCUUUUAGCAACAAGGGUCCUUGUUGGAGAUGUGUGUCGGCUGUCUCUAAAAGAACAAGUGAACCAAUCAACCCUUGUGUGCAGUUAUUCAGCGCCCUGUCUGUGCCCAGCACUGGGUGAGACACUUUGGUGAGGCAGUAGACAGGGUGCCGCCAGGAGCUAACACACCAGCUGGGAGACAUGCGCAGUAAUCAACUCAUGUAUGACCGAAGGGCUUCUUUUGCUUUGUUUUUCCCAUGCCUGAUUUUAUUUUUUUUCCUUCUCACCAUUUAAUUUCCACUUCGGCCCAACUAUAAACACCUGGAAGUUAUAAGAAAGAAAAAAAUAACAUUUCCUGCAAUAACUUUCAGUUUUGUAGGAUCUUUAUGAUUAAUAAUAGUUAUCAAUUAAGUUUACAUGCAUGCACAGUCCCCCUCAUUUGUCUCCACACAAAAACACAGUGGAUUUUGGCCAUGGCGAUACCAGUAUUUUUUAGUACCUGUGUUAUGGGGUAUGCAAGUCAAUGUCAAUGUCUCAUCUGAGGUGCCAAAGUCAGUUUCCAAAAUCCAAGCCAUUCUUUAUCUGGGAACAAGACUUUUCAGAAUUAUUUAAGAAAACAAAUGUUUAUUUGAGGAUACAGUUCUUAAGCUUGAAAUUGAGAAGAAAAUGUGCUGUGAAAUUACAGGUGAUGGAACAACAUUUGGUGCCCCACAUGAGGAGGCACAAAUCUUCCCCCUUUUUCUUAUAAUAGGAAAAGAAUGUCUUGAAGCAACCUGUGGACAAACUACCCAUGGUGUUGAUGUUGCCCCAUACUCAGCGCAAGUCAGGGACCAAUACAAGUUUGAAAAGAAGAAAUUGGUGUUCUUCCAGGUUUUCACCGAGGCACACAGCAAUUGCUCUGGGUAUUCUAAUCUGAUCUCAAAGGCCAAACCAUUUCAUGUCUGCUAUCAGCCUGCUGCUGACACUAUUAGCCCCUUGGGGAAAAACGAUGGGAUGCUGGUGUAGGAAUCUUGUACCUUUUUCUGAAAAUGGAAAGAGUGAGGAAUUGAGGGGAUAGAUAUAGAUGGGAAAAUUCACAAAUAAAUACGGUAUAAGAAACACAUGGAAAUGUGUCUAGGUCAAAUCUGAAUCAUUUCUACCAUCACAAAAAUACUUCUCUUGGCCUAAUAUUCAUCUUUUUCCUUGUAUAGUAUACAAGCACUAUUUCCUCACAGUUUCUAAGAAAAAUGAGUUUGUACCACAGGUUUCUUAUUCAUUGCUAAUUGUAUAGCACACUUCAAAAAUAUGUCGUACCCAACCUUCAUGUUCAAAGCAGACAGCACUUAUGUGGGAAAUAUACUUUGGGGUGGUCCUAUGGCUGCUGUUUUGGGGCGGAGGAUGACAGAGGGGACAUGGAUCCACUGGGCCCCUUCUGUUUAAACAGCUUGGAGGCAGGUCAGAUCCACUGCUUUAUGAAACUGUAUUUAUCUGUACAUGUAUGGGCUGUUCGUUUUCACCAGGCAAGAGAGAAAUUAUCUCUUUAGUUAAAACCAAAUUUCACUUUCAAAAUACCUUCCAACUUAUUUAUUGGUUGUUACUCAAUUGCCUGUGUGUGUGUGUGUGUGUGUGUAUUAGGCAUAUGCUUCAAACUUUCAGAUGGGGAAGAAGCAAAACCAAUGCCAGAUACUAUGUAUUCUUCAAUGGUGCUAAUCUCAGAGCUAAAUGAUACUCCAUUAAUUUAAGAAAGAGUUUUAAAUAAUGACCUAUGUGCCUGUGUUUGCCCUUUGAUUUUUGCACAUCAUGUUAACACAUUAGUGAAAAAGCAGGUGAAACAACCGCGUGUUCUAAAGUCUAGAGUUAGUGCUGAGAUCCCUAUUUAAUUCAAGAUGAACUAGAACUUUUCCAUGUGAAAUGGACCAAACUGGCAUUAUUGUUAUUUAAAUACAGAGUUUUAAUGCAGUAUGACACCCCAUAGGGGAAAAGAAUGUCUGUAGUGGGUGACUGUUCUCAAAUAGUUUACAGAAUACAACAGAUGGUGAACAGACUGGUAACUUGUUUGAGUUUCCAUGAUAGAUUUGAGACUUAAUAGCAAAUCAUUUUUGUAUUUAAAUUUUUGUACUGAUUUGAAAAAAAGUCAUUAAAUAUCUUUUAAAGUA